AUGUGCGCUUUUGUCAGAAAAUCUCAUUUCCGUCAUGUUUUUGGAUCGGCAGCAAAGAAGGACCGCUGCUACGAGGGGUUUAAUGUAUCAAAGAAUUCUGUAGAGUCUCCAUACUGCGCCGUUAAUCCUAAAUUCCUUGCCAUCAUUAUAGCUUCGGCUGGUGGAGGUGCAUUUCUUGUUUUAAAACAUGACGAGGUAAGCUUUCUUUUUGUUUCAAUUUAGUCCUCAAUAAAAUUGCCAAAUUGUUUGGUGUCGAGGGCGCAAUUAGCCUGUAGCUGAACUUUUUAAAGUGCACAUCAACCUAGAAGUUCAUUAUUUUUGUUAGUUAGUCUUGCCACUAGUACAUCCUUGUUUCAGUGUUGAAGCUGAUGAGCUAAAGAAGGAGGAAAUUGCUAAGGAGGGUGUAACCUGAUGACAAAUAUGGACACAUGAGUGUACUAUGUAAGCAAGUGCAUGACGGUACUGUCAAAAAGAAUCAGAGGUGGGGGUCUGUGGUAGGGAUUUUGGGGUAGGGGGAUUGUUUUUCUUUUAUUUAUUUACCGAUUAAGUCUUCACUCUUGACAGAGUAUUGCAGACUGCUUUAAAUAAUAAAAAUUACUAUAAUGAAUACAACAAUAACAUAAAAUUACUAAUCAAUAUGUAAGAUUACACAGGAAUUGCCUAAAUGAACAUGGCAAAGUAGAGGCUAUAAUUUCUGGUGGGAGAUUGUUCCACUGUGCAAUAUUAUUGUUGUAGGGUAAAAAGAGUUCUUAUAAUAAUCACAUGUACAACGUGGCUGUUCAAAUCAAUGACUGAGAGACGAGAGCCUGGUGUCCAUGGUGCUCUUAUGUUCUCUCUGAAGUGUGUCGCAUUCAUAAGUGGUUAAUCCAUUACUCUGUUUGUGCAGCAUACAGAGACGUGCAUCAGAUCGCCUGAGGUCCAGAGAUCUCCAUUUAAGAGAAGAUAACAUAUUAGUGACACUGUCUAAUCUGUCAUGGCGCCCGAGUACCCAGGGAGCUGCUCGGCGUUGAAUCAUUUUGACCUGUUGUAUGUUCUUAGCUAUGUAAGGGUCCCAGACAGUGGCACUGUAUUCAACAAUCAGUCUCACUAGGGCUUUGUAUCCUCAUUCUUUGGAUUUGGCUGAAUAAGUGCGGAGAUUGCGGUGUAGAAAGUUCAGGGUCUUGUUUGCUUUGGUGGUAAUUUUAUUUACAUGAUCCUUCCAGUGUAAAUCAUGCGAGAGGUUAAUCCCUAAAUAUUUAGUAGUAUCAACAGUUUCAAGGUCCUUGCCAUGGAAGCCUUCCUAAAGAGGUGCAUUUUCAGAUGGCACUUAAAAAUCCCUAGAUCUGUAAUAGAACGAAUCUCACGUGGUAAUACGUUCAAAAGUGCCGGAGCUGCGACCUGGAAUGAUCUACCCUACCUCUAUAAGUUGGUAUUGCAAGCAACAAACCAUCCGAGGAGGAUCUGAAAUUAUGUUUUCAACCCAAUGAGUGGAUCCACCAUUGUAACAGGCUAAAAAUGUUCACAAGAAAUAUUUUAUAAACUUUGUUGCAUUGGGCAGCAAUUUUGGAAACCCAGUACUGAAUUCACUAUCACAGCGUAGCUUAUGCCCUAGUCAAGUUAAUUUUCCUCUAUGUUUCUUUCUUCAUGAUGUUAUGUUCUCCACACAACAUUAAUCGAAGGAGAGGUCUGGGGCACAUGUUACUAUAGGAUUUCAGGUACACUGACAGAGGGGUGGUAGGGCAGAGGGAAAGAAAUAGCAAUCGAUAUAUAUUUAUAUGUUAAGGUGUUAAGAUGGUGGAAGCCCAUAACUCCAUUUGCUAGGAUAAGGACCGAAGUCAACUUAGCCAGCCAUACAAAGGAGGAUCCAGUUAAGGAUACAGGCCAUUAAAUAUUAAAUCACUACGAUGUAUAUACGAGAAGUAAAAACUACGGAUCCUAUAACGCCCCAAAUAAUCACAUGAACAGAAUAAAACAAUGUUUAAAGGGAAAUUCUGCCCUGAGUGGGAUUUGAACCUAGUUGAGUGUAAUAACCACUACAUCCUCAGAACAACCACACUGGCAAUGCGGCAAUUGGAGAUGUGAUUUACGUGGCUAUAUAUUGUCCUUUGGAUGCGGCUUUGUUUCAAAACCUAAAAAUUCAUAUUUUUUUGUUGCAUUUGAUAAGCUAUUCUGCUAUACAAAUGUACAAAAUUAAGAACACCUAUGCCCCAUUGACAUAGUGCUUGCCUGCUAUUUGGUUUCCAUUCACAGCCUCUGGUUUUUUUUUUACCUUGUUUUAUGAGGUUUGAGACAAGAGAAAUCUCUUCAAUGUUGUUUGACACACAAUUUUGGGUGGAAAAAACAAUGAAUCAUCCUUUUUAGAACAAAGUAGCUAAAUUUUGUCCAAAAGAAAACUAAUGAAGUGAAAGGAAAGGGAAACUUGGUGUGAUAUUACAUAAUAUGACGUAAUGCUGACCACACUGUUUGUCUUUGAAAUAAUCAUUGAAAUGGCUGCUCUUUUGGCCACCCAGCAAUCACAAACAACUAGAGUCGAAGGUUUCAGAUGUGUUUUAAGUCUUCUUUAGUUGUAAAUCAACCUGAAACAGCAUUAACCUUGGGAAAAUGUUUAAAUUAUAGUGGAAGUCAGAAAGAGAGCCAUAUUUUACCAAUUACCAGAUUUUCAUUGAAAUUGUACCAUCAGAUGUGAUUUAAGGCUAGAUUUGUGAAAUUAAUCAAUCGUGUAAUAUCAGAAGCCCUGGAUGUGAUGAAUACCGUAUUACCUUGAAUUGAUAAGCACCUGGCCGUUUAUCUAAUGGUACGGCUAAAAGGGAGAUGCUUAUUGGAAGGACGGUGUUUAUUCAAGGGGGAUGCUUAUUAAAUUUUCCUUUUAAUAAGGGGUAAAUUUGUUUUGGCUCCAUCUUUAACAGAAACAUGAAAUUAAUAUUAAUAGGCCCCUCUUUGUUAAAACAUUAGUUUUAGUCCUAUUUAAUUCCUAACACACAAAUGCAUUGGUGUGCAUGUUUAAAAAAUAUCGAUUCAUUCUCUCAAAUCAUUCUUGUCAGUGAUAUGCAGAUCUUAACAUUCCCCUUGUAUCCCUACUUCUUAAGAAAGUGAGGGAGAGAAUGGGCUUAUUCAACAAGGAGCACUUGUUUGAUAUUAGAGAGCUUAAGCAAGGACAACGGCUACGAAAACAUCACUUAAAGAGUGAAUUUGCGCUGCCUCAAAAUUCAUAGCACUCAUUCCAUCUCGUUUAAUUUGUCAAAUGUUGAAAAAUUUCUUUGGAGUUAAAUUCUAAAGGACUGUAUCAAAGAUUGUGUUCCAGGGCUUCAAGUGUCCCUAUAUUUCCUAUAGUUAAUUUAAAACUCUCCCUAUGUUUUCCUUUUUGUUUGUAAAAUAAUGUCCUAUAAUUCCACAGAAAAUAAAAAUAUACUAAAAUCCAUGAAAUUCUGUUGGUGGAAUCACAGGAAAAAAUAACAGAUUCCCAUUUUUGGAUAUUUUAGGGUAUUUAAAGAAUACCCCCAAAAUCCCAAAUUUGGAAGACUGAGACAAGUCCCAACCAGGGAACUUGGUUGGGAAUUCCCUGGUUGGGACCUGUCUCACUUUACCAAAUUUGGGAUUUUUAUGGGCAUUCUUUAAAUACCCUAAAAUAUCCAAUAAUGGGAAUCUGUUAUUUUUUCCUGUGAAUGUGACAAAAACAAUGCAUUUUUUGCACCAUCCAAGACCAAACUGGUAAUAAUUUCAUUAUUAGUUCAUUUAAAUACUUAAUUUGAUGCUGCUGUGAGCGGAGAUCAUUAUCCAUAUAUUGUCCAGAUUUUAGAAGGAGUAUGCAGCAACUUUGUGUGUGCUUGUUUUUCAAACAGAAGAGGAUUGAAAUCCACACUCAAUAAUUGGUUACUUUUUAAGUAGUCAAUAAGGAAAAUGAGAAUUUCAGAUUUGUGAUGGGGUAUCUCUAAUAAUGUACAAGGUCAAACCUCAGUCAGACAGAAUGACUGUACCAUUCCCACCACAAGACUAAUGUUGCUCCUUUAAUAGUAACUAAACACAAAGCCAACAAUGCAACUGAUGAGGUUCACAUACAAAACCGAAACAAUGGUCUUGCCUGAUCAGAAAGUGGCAGAUGUGAUUAACUGAACAGUUGCAAGCUGUUAAGCUAUAAAAAAUUCAAAAGUAAUUACCAAAGAAGGAAUUACAUAAUGUUGUGCUUGACUCCAAAGACUCGAGCAUUAUCUACAAAGAAGUGGAAGGUAUCAGUCGUUAAGUAUAAUUCUCCAUAGUUGUUUAGUUGAUGUAGCUUCAGUUUAUGCUAUAAUUCCUUCCUUUAAAUGGAGAUCCAUGAGAAUUUUACAUCCUGCAAGCAUCUCUAAAACUCUGGGCCCAGGGCAUACAAAGUAUAGUAGAGAGUCUUUGCAUUCACAGACAAAACAAGCAUUUUGGAGCAAACUAAAGAAACUAAAACCUUUAUUAAAAGGUUAUUGAGUUACAAUAUCAAGGUUAACGCUUCAAAAGGGGUCAAAUUCUAUCAGAGACAAAAACCACCAGAAAUCAAUACGUUUAACACAGACCAGCUUAGGUGUUUAAACAGGAGGAUAAAGCUGUGCAGACCCACCACUUUCAUUGUUGCACCUAGAAAAAAUUCUAACAGUUGCAAAACACAAUAACAGUAUUUUCACUGUACUUCUUUAGGGUGUGUGUGUGUAAGUAUUCCCGACAGUGAUCGUGCUCUACCAGUAUACCAGGAUACCAGUGUUCUGCCUAGGUAUUUAAGGCUAGGCAGACCGCCUGGCUUAAUUCAGUGGAAAAUUGUUGCCACUUGGCUUUAAUACUUAAGAUUAACUGAAUGGAAGCUUAUGUUGACAUCUAAAGCAAGGUAUUUCAAAGGCAAAAUCACUCAAUAAAGUUGAUGAAACAUUGUCUGGUGUAUUUAUUUCUGUGUGUUCUUGCAAGUUAUUGAGUAGAAGAAUGAAUGUGUUCAAACCUAUGAUGCAUUCAUUUCUUUGAAUGGCACCCAUCUUGAAAAACACAAGGGACAUUCAAGGAGCUUAUGUACAUGGAGUACUAAAGGAAUCCUUGUGCUCGCAGUCAACCCAAGAUACGUGUAACAAAAACGAAAAGCUUGUCAAAGCAACUUGAGUUCUUUUUUUUAAAAAACUUAAAGUAAGUGCCCAAGUCCAAAGCAGGCUUCGUCUAAACACCGUUUACCCCCUGGCCUUCCCAAAAUCCUAGGGAGAACACUGGAUACUUAUGCUGGUGUGCGUUCUUUAGUUGACAUAUUUAGUAAAUAUUAAAUUUUCGGUUUAAUUUCAUUCAUACAGUGUUUUAUUUACCUGAAAUAUAUGUACUCACGGUCUUGUUAAUUCAAUAUGUUGAUGUUCGUGUAUCUGUUUUCUUUAUUGUUAUAUUUCAAGUACCCUGUUAUUGCAAUUUUUUACUUUUCAUUCCCGCCUCGAUUAGCUAGGCUAUUUUGCAGUCAACUAGGGUAAAUGUUUAUAUGUAUCCUAAGUGUUUAAUCAACUUGAACUUGAACUUGUUCACUUUUUUGCUUGCUCAAAGUUGGUGACCUUAUUCUGUAUAAGUGUUCACCAUGCAUGUUGGACUAGAAUUUAUUAUGUUCCUUUAUUGUUUUAUGCUUUUGUGUGUGGCUUUCUGCAAAGUUGCAAAACAGGCACUAGAUAUUUUCUGUUUUACCUUACCAUUUUUCCCUAUAUUGGCCCUACAUUUUUUUAAAAUCAUCCGUAUCUUAAGCCCUAUAUUUUUGCUUGAGGCCACUUUUCACGUUGUAGUUGUGCAAUGACGGCUAAGUAAUGUACAAAAAAGCAAUGAUGGCUUGUCAAAGUUGUUAUUUUGCCAUUCUAAACCAAUUGCUUUUCUUGCCGUUCUUAUUGCGGUCGCCCUCAUCAUUGCUUAAGCUCCCUAUUAUGGCCUAGGGGCCGGCGUUGGUGGUUAUGUGGGUGAGGGCACCUAUAAGAGCAUUGGCACUUAUUCAAGAAAAUACAGUUUCACAUCAUUCUAAACCCUCUUUAUUUACUGUAGGUAGGCAGGCUUGAUCCUGAGCAUGGACGCGUUGGUGGUCACAAACAAGAUGUCUUGGACGUGGCCUGGAAUCCUUUUGAUGACAAUAUGAUAGCUUCUUGCUCUGAAGACACCACUGUUAAGAUUUGGCAGAUUCCAGAUGAAGGGCUGGGCAAGACAAUCCUGACUGAGCCCUUGCUAACUCUAGAAGGGCUUCACCAGCGAAAAGUUCAUCAGAUUCUAUGGCACCCUACAGCAGCCAACAUUCUUCUUAGUGCAAGUUAUGACCCUUCAAUUGUCAUCUGGAAUUUGGAGACUGGAGAGGCUGUCGUUGAAAUUGACUGUCACCCAGAUCUUAUUUACAGUAUUGACUGGAAUACCAAUGGAAGCCUCAUUGCAACAACGUGCAAAGACAAGAAGAUUCGAGUUAUUGAUGCACGAAAGGGAACAGUCAUUAAGGUGAGAGUGAAUUGAUUAGAGUGUUUUGCUUGUGCUAAGUCGCUGCUGGACAUGCAAACCUGUCAAAUGUGACAUGUCACCCUGCAGUGUUCACCUUAUCAAGCGGUAACCAGUAAAAUUUAUUCCUUGAAGCAACGCUUCUCAACACCGCCUGUAACCACUUGAAGGUUUACUAAAAUUAAGUAAACUGUUUUAAAAAAUUCACAGGUUGUGAUCCGAUCCGAUUCUGACACAAGGAAAAGAGUGAAUAUAUGGAAAAGUACUAAAGUAUACACAGCUUUUCUUUUUAUGAGCUACUCAUUUUGGAAAGAGAACAUUGAAGACAGUAAAGAUAUUGAAACCAAACGUUUUAAAUUGUUGUCCAAAGAUAACAACGGCCGAUUUGCGUAAAAAUAGGUCUUAAAAUGAGGAAAUGACGUUUCAGAGAACUUAGCUCCUAAAUUUCCAAGCAAGGGCGAGUCCUGUCCCUCACUGCACUAAAAUAAAAAGGGAAUGAUGAAUAAAGAAAAGAAAGAAAGACAGGCCUUCUGAUAGCAAGCAAUAAAAAAUCAGGAAUAAUGCAGCAUUUUCAGGGCAGGCUGUGCGAUGAGAAAGGUCUAUCGUGUGAUAAAUUAUGCAUGGUUACAAUAAAUAUUGUAGUAGAACUCUUCUAAAGGUCAUGUUACACGAGACGAUUCACAAUGAGGAUUUUUUCCACAACACAGUGUUGCAACAUUGUUGCAACAUUGCAAGGCUGUGUUAUGCUAAAACUUGUCGUUGCGAAUCAUUCCGUAUAACGUACCUAACAAUGCUCAGAAUGGUCAAGUGCAGCUUUCAUUAUUGCAAUGUCCAUUUGAGAAUGCUUGAACUCUCACAAUGUACUUUUCUAUGUUAUUCAAAUAACAGCGAAUGUUCUGGUAAUGGAUUCUAAUUAAAGGACUGCAUCUCAGUUCAAAAAAAAGAAGGAAAAUUUUUAUCUUGUGUUCACUUCCCCCAUGAAUCCGGUAAAUAAAGUUUCAUGCUGUAGUCAUGCAACAUCAGCAGUGCACAAAAAAGCGUGAUGCACAUGCAAAGUUGUUGUUUUGCCAAUCUAAGCCUAUUUAUUUUUGCCAUUCUUGUUGCUGUUGCCGUCAUUAUUGCUUAAGAUCUCUUCUGAUUGUAUGCCCUCAUAGCUUUAGCUUCAGUUUUUCAAAGAUUAGAAAUUCUUUCUACAGUUCUCAGGGACAUAUGUACUGUAGUGUGGCUAUCAUCCUUUUACGUCCACCUCUGUAUUUAGGAAUUUCCAACUGCUUCAGCAUAUUAUAAGACAUUUACCAGAUGGUAAAUGCAGUUAAUGGAACAUGAAGCCCCAGGGGGGGGGGUAGGCUAAGGUAGCCUGCCCCAAUAUAUGCUCUGUUCGAUCUUUAAAGCCUUAUUUAUGAAUGAAAGCACGCUAAUUUUAAGAUACAAACAAAAGCUGUUCGUGGUUGGAACCUGACUAAUUUGUCGUAUGUUUGUCAUCAUAUUUUUCUUAGCAUCGUGCCGAUUGGUCCCUGUUUUUAAGGCCCUAUUCAUGGCUAGACUUUAAUCAUGAUAAGACUAGGCAGCUUAUGGUACAACUGUAUUCAUUGGUCGAGAUUUGAGACACUGUCUAGCUAUAAACUUCUGCUAUUGUAGACCUGGUCAUUAUUCGUUUAGCUUGCACGAAAGCAAACAGUUACAGUAAUUUUGUUACCCACCCUCCCUCCCCUGGAGGAGUUUUGUUGUGUUAGGUAUCAAUAAAGUUUGGGGGGUCACUCCUUGUGGUGCGGUUAAGUCUGCCUUGCAACUUCCCCCAAGCUUUUGGCAUUGCUUGUGUCUUGCCAUCUUAUUCAUUUGCCUUAGUCUUGUCCGAUCCAGCCCGCGCGGUGCUGGGGAGAUAAGAAAGGCUCUGCCAAUACUCUUGUCCUAUCCCAUGGUAGUGGAGCGAUAAGUGAGGCUUGUGUUUUUGCUGUGCGCGUAACCUGAAGUCGCUAGAACCUGCCACAGGGCUGUGUCCCCCCCUUAUUACGCCAUCUUGUGGUAUUUGUCUUAUUUGCCUGCGUGCGCUAUUUAGUUGUGUUACUUUUUCAUGCAUAUCUUAAGCGGAAUAGUGACAUCAAAAAACAUAAGACAGAGGUCUGGAUGCGAAUUUGCGAAGGUGAAGCAGGCUGUUGUGAUUAAUAUCCAUGCUAAAAUCCCUCACCCAACACCUAGUCAAUGGUGUUUAGAUUAGCCUGCAAAAACAUCUGUUUUUCCUCGCUCUUCGCCACUGGGGACGUUUCGCGCAGAGAAAAGUCUGUGACUCAGCGACAGAAAUUCCAUACUGAUGACGCAAAUCAAUGUUUACAUAAUAAAUCCGGCAGCUUUGUGGUUCCAAAUAUAAAUUUGUCCAAUUUUACGUGUCUUCUGGUCGAUUUUGGCAAAGUGUUGUGUUCACCUGCCAGCAAAAUAAAUAUUGACUGUUUUGUUAGCGAUUUUAACCUUUUUGGCCUUUUGUUUCUUGUCUGUCAUUCGUAAACAGUAGCUAAAACAAUGUAACUACUCAAUCGACCAAUCAACACUUCUGACCGAAUUCUGGACAGAUUUUACCUCACCAGUAUGGAAUUUCUGUCGUUGAGUCGCAGAUGUUUGUCCACACGAAAAGUCCCCAGCGGUGAAGAGUGAGGAGAAACGGAUGUUUUCGCAGGCUAUGUUUAGAUCAGAGUGGAUUAUUUUUUAACAUCAACAUGAAGGGUCUUAAGCAUGCUUUUCGUAUGCUUUGCAGGAGGGCAGUGGCCAUGAAGGGGCAAAACCACAGAGGGUGGCAUUUUGUGGAAAUCUUGGUUAUCUGUUCACCUGUGGCUUUUCAAGGAUGAGUGCUAGGCAGUAUGCAGUUUGGAAAGCAGUAAGUUUGAUUUUUCUGAAAUUUGUCAACAUUAAAUGAUGAAGGGUCAUAAAUUUGUGCUGGUGAUAUAAAUCAUGGUUCAUACAAUCUUGAAAAGGUCUUGAAUUUUAGUAGUGGCCUUGAAUUCGGUUAGGGUCCUUGAUUUCUUGAUUAGGUCUUGAAAAGUCCUUGAAAUUCACUACCUUUUUUACCCAACACAAUUUUCUUUGAAACUAGAUUAUUUGGCUGAGGCAAAUUUGGCUCAUCGUUGGUGUAGGAACCUUUAAAACUGACAGCUAAUGUAAAAACGUUUUUGAUGAACAAUAUUUUAUUUCUGUUUCUUUAUUUUAAAUGUUUUAUCUGUACCUCAUCAGAUAUGCAACUGCCAGUUAUACACAGUGACAGACUGUUGCCAUUUUGCAAAGUGUUGUUGUAGAAAGUAGUAAAAAAUUAUUGUGAUCAAUCAUGGCUGUAAAAGAAACCAUAGUGUAUGAUUCCAUAAGUGUGAUUUUACUUAACCCGUGAAACAGAUAACAACAACUAGUCAAUAACAUCAACAGCAAUUAGUGCAUAGUAUUGUAUUCUACUACCUAUUUCAUGGGUUAAUUAAAAUCACUCUAAGUGUUUUAGCCAAUAAGUUGUUCAAAAGGGGGUUAAAAAAGCUGAUUUAUUGAAUAAAUCUUAGUCCUUGAAAACUGUAAUUUGACCUUGUAUAGUCCUUGAAGUGUCCUUGAAAUUUGUUUGUCUGAAGUUGUAUGAACCAUGUAAUAAUAUAUGAAUACCUUUUCUAAGAUUGAGAGAGUUGAUCAUGGCAACAGUGCAGGUCUCCCAAAAGAGCUUCUCAGGGUUUAAAAUUAAUAGUAGUCCGGUUGUCGAACUGGACAACCAAAAAUUAUCAAUGGGGUAACCAAUUUGUGCUGAGUGGUUGCCCCUCAGACAACCCAAUCUGCUGAAGCAUUAAGCCCUAAAGAGAAAUAAAUUUUGCAGCUUUUUUCCUUGGAAGGGUUCAUGAUACCUAAAAGUUAGUUGAAUGCAAAACAGACACGGAAAAAAUAUACUCCGAACUCAACGUUUGGCCUGAAUGAGCCUUUGGUGCCUUAACUAGCAGUUUAUGUAUGUAAAUGUAGUCCAUGAUGCUGACUGCAGUGAGAUGUGCUCUGCAUUACUGCCAUGUUUUUUUCCCUGCCUGCCAUAGCCUGUUGAUUCUUUGUGUACUUGUAAAAUACAAUUAGAAUUAGAAAGCUCAAAAAAAGGGUUUUUUUAUCAGACGUUUAAAUAGUCGUGGAGGAUUUCAUAGUAAUGGGUGUAAGAAAGAAUGGGGUGCAUGUGAGGAAGUCUCUGUCGCACACCUGCUUUUUGCAUAACACUUCUAAGCGAGGAAUUCCCGAUCGUGGCUGCAAUUGUUCCAAAGGAAAACGCUUUGUUUUGUAGUUAUCACAGAUGGUUUUCGAAAGAUAAAUCUAUAUUUUGAAGCCAAACAGGUAGCAACAGUUUUCGCCUUGAUGGGAUAAAAAACAUGAAACAAGUGAGGUGCAUUUUAUUGUGAAAAACUAAUAAAACUGUAAAUAAAUUGAGCUACCUCAGUGUUUUACUUUCGUGGAUUGAACUGGGCUAUUAAGAGGUUGACUUGGACAGCCAAAAUAUUCCAUGGGCAACCAAACCAAGUCUUGUGGUUGCCCCAGGGGUAACUGGACAUAAAGGUAAAUUUUGAACCCUGUUUCUAAUACUCAUUUCUCAAAAAAGAUGUUUAGUACGAAAACUAGUACGGUGGCCUAUAAAAAAAUUUGCAUAUUUUAGGUGCCUUUACAGCCCAGGGGGUACUCGACCAAUACUUGGGUAGAGUUGAGCUGCUGAAACUUUGAAAGCCUGACGCUGUUAAGGACAAAAAAAUCCCAAAAUACAAAUCUUAUCUAGGACAACACCCCCAAUUAUAUUUUGCUGUUUAGCAAAGGUAUAUAGUAAUGAUUUUUUUAAUCUUGCCGUAUUUCAUUUUGAAUAUCUGCCUUCAGUAUAUAUUAAAACAGUGGAAAGUAUGUUUCGCAUGCUCUGAUUGGCUACUCAAACUCACAAUAUCCAGUGCUAUUUACCUCCAAGCAAUGUCAAACUCACAUAAGUUAUGAGCAAAAUGGCUUCACAGUUUGUUACAGCAAAAAACAAAGAAAUUUCACAAAUAAAUGAAGUAGCUGCAAGGCUGCUGCCUAACGGGGGCCCAGGAGCCUGAGGCUCCUACUGUUUACCCUCAGGCGACCAAAAUUUCAAACAAGGAGCCCGAAACGGGUGCCUUAAACUUAUGAUUCUCAGACUAACUUCCAGUGAACAAACAACAAAAUUCCCUGCUCAUUCUCCUCUUUUGAAAUGAUAACAGAAAACAUUUGAUCAUCGGCCACAGGCAAAAAAAAAAAUUUCUGCCAAUAAAAGGUAAACAAACAGCACUAUGUCUUGAAAUUUGCUUCUGUGACUACCGCUGCAGAGCAGUUGAAGUUUCUCAUCUGAAAAUGGCGUUGAAUGAAUUUAAUAGUCUUAGAAAAACCUCCAAUAAUAAAAUCAUGACUUUUCCUUCAGCGUUAGAAACGUUAGGUCGCUGCUGCAGGAACACGUAGGUGCUGUUGGUUGGUGCGUUCACUGUGUGUGCAAAUGGUUGCUGUUAGGGACUUGUAAGAAAUUAGUAGAGGGGGGGGAGGGGGGGUGGGAAUUUGAAAUUUGGGUUCGGAAAUGAGGUGACCCAUCCCUGCAAUGGGAGUGAAAUUUGCUAACCCUCCCCUUGAGCUUAGCCUAGGGGAAUUUGAAAUUUGGGUUCGGAAAUGAGGUGACCCAUCCCUGCAAUGGGAGUGAAAUUUGCUAACCCUCCCCUUGAGCUUAGCCUAAAAUAUCAUGACCCUCCCCCUCUUGUAUAAAAUGAUAAAAAUGAUAAAAUCUACUUCUUGCAAUACACUAGGGUGAGUCAGUAUUAUGAAAACUCAAAAUAUAUUUCUAAUCUGUUCUUUGUAAUGCUAUAUACAUACAUUUUAGGUGACAGCAUUAAGAGUCCGACUCUGAUUCUGACAGCUGAUCACUUGACUCUCCUAUUUCUCACAGGGUUUUUUUUACCAAAUAAAGAACUUCCUUUUUCUUCUGUGGCUGAGCCUCUACAUGAUCAUGGGCAUAUAUUUGCAAGACCCUCCCCCUUUUAACGGCCCAUUUUUCAUGACCCCUCCCUUUUCUGAGUCUCAAAAAGUUGUGACCCUCCCUCUGUUUCCACCCCCCCUCCCUCCUGCUAAUUCUGAUAAGUCCCUUAUGUUUCUGGACAAAUAAAUCAUUUCUCGAAAUCCUUUCAAGUAGUGAGUAUAAAAAAUGCUGGUUUCUUGAAACUUGAUUCGUUCGAGGUUGGAGUAUUGUUCGGGUUUUUUUCUUGUCACGCAAUGCUCCUUAAGACUUCCCGACUUAUCCAGGAAGAUUGAAGGGCCUCUGCUCGCAGGGUAUAAAUUGAUAAACAUUACCUGCUCCAAAGAUAGAUGUUUCCAGCAAUACCUCGUUUUAGAUAUUCUGACCAAUCCUGUCAGUUCCUGUGAGUUACACUCACAAAAAAGGUAACAUUUUGGGGGAAAAUCCACAGCCAGUUUCGCUGUUUUCAUAUUACUCUUUGAAGAUUAAAUUUGCCCCUUUCCUAGAAAGUUAGCCAGCUACAAUUCCAUGCAAAAGAGGAACGAUAAAGUGGGCAACAAAGCUGCUAAUAAACAAGAAAGGCAAAGGAAAAAAGAGAGUAAGAGAGAAAGAUAGAAAUAGAUUUGCAAAAAAAGAUCCAAAUUUUGGCGUUUGCAUGAAAAACAAAAAAGCAUGGUAAUUGUGUCAGAUUAGUCGAAAAAUAUGCCUUUUUUCUUGCAAAACCUAUUUUUAGCCACUUAUGCUAAUUAACCGAAAACUAGUCCAAAGGAGAGGAAUAAAUUAUUGGUGAAAAAUGCGGUUUUUUCGCUACUCGCUGGCCGUCACCAAAGGGUUUAUAAAGUUACUGAUCUUUUUUAAUUGGGCUCCUAGGAAUGCGGCUUGGGCUCCUAACUUUUUAUUCUAGGAGCCCGGAGGGCUCCAGAAAAAUUUUUUGAGGCAGCAGCCUUGAGCUGUUCUUGACAAUGCGAAGUUGGUGACUAAAUUUGGUUUAGCAGUUUUACAAGUAAAUUUUGGUCUGUUUAACCUGAAUUUAUGGAUGAAAAAGUUUUUGUUUACAAUUGCGAUUUAAAUCUUGCACUGUUUGCCAGUAUGCUAGUAGUCUUGCUUUAUUUAGAUAAUUUGUUCAUAAAUAAGCUUAGAACAAAGUGUUUUAAACAGAAUGGUUUCAAAUACAGAGAGAAUUCACAAUUUCUUUGGAAGAGCAAGAGCUAAACAAAUGCCUUCAAAAGUUUAUUUGUUGGCAAGAAAAUGUGACGGCUGUUCGGUCAUUUGUGUGCCACAGUAUUUUCAAAGUAACCAUUGGCAGCAAUAAAUGAGUUAAAAAUCUCAAUUUUUAGGCUGAAUUAUCUCACUGUUUUAGUAUAUGAUGGAUACUUACCUCACUGCUUUAUUGCACCUUAAAUAACCACCACUAGCCACCUUCACAUCAGCGAAUAAUAAUUGUCAUGUAAUAGAACAUAUUUGAAAUAUCAUUUGUGCAUCUAACAAAACAAACUAGCUGAAAUUUUGCGGUAAGAUUUCCCGGUUACUUUCAUCUUAACAAUCUGCCAUGUCAACAUUGAUCUUUUCUGAAACAGCGUCUGUGUCUAAUGAAGAAUCCUUAUUGGCUCUCUUUUCUUUGGUAUUGAAACACCUCAACUAUUUGCCAUGUUAAAUGUCAUGGGUGGUUUCUUUCUUCUUUUUGACAUAUCCAUGGAUAUUUCCAGUGGUAACUUUAUCUCACGAAAGGCUGAUCACACUCACCACACCAAUUUCCGGCAGUAAAAAGCAUCAUUUACUGCAGUAAAAGUGUCCCGUGUAGCCACGUACACCUUUUGGAAUGAUUCACUUCUUUAUUUUUGUAUUUUGGCAAUAUUUUCAGUUCUGGUAGAUGCAGGCAAACCUUUUUGAUAGAAAACCCAGCUGACAAGUGCAUCUGAGGACCGUACCAGGCUUCUUGACAAAAUUGCUGUGCAUUGUAUUAAAGAAUGCACUGUGGCAUUCACAAACCACAAAAGACAAAGGAAUGAUUUUUUGUUACUCAGGGUAGUGCAUGCUUAGUUGUAAAACAAUUUUGUCAAAACCAGUCAAUGAGUGAUGAAAAACCGUUUUUUUUUUUCAGGAUACUCUGGAGCGGUUGGCCUUGGAGGAAAUUGAUCAGUCUAAUGCUGUCCUUUUCAUUCAUUAUGACCCUGACACAAAGAUGAUUUACUUAGCUGGCAAGGCAAGUUUCAUUCAUAUCACUGUUGACUACAUUAAUUUUAUUCUUGUACUGGAAUUAUAGCUGGUUCAGCGUGCAGAGAAAGUUGUGUCCGAUAGAAUGGGGCUAGUUGAUUUUGCGAGCAGGCAAGUUGAAUUUUGUUGGGCUAGUUAGAAUGACUCUUGGGCUAGUGAAUGUUAGUCACAGCUUGCUGGAAGGGCAAGCUGUAAAACUGACUUUCUCUGCACUCUGUGGUACUUUACCAUUGUUAACCUGCACCAAUGGCCACCUCUUUACGAUGGCCACUUUGUUUUGUCCUGGUGGACACUCUUAUUUAAACCUCUCAACAACAGCAAUGGCCACUAACCCACAUCCCCAACUACCAAAAUAACCUCUCGACAACGGCCAGUUUUUUCAGCGACUGAUGAAAAAAUCAACAAAGGUCAUGAAUUGGCAUGUUUAUGAUCAAUCGCGGCAAUCGUAUUUUGAUUAUGCUUCAUUUAUACUGCUGCAGUUAACAAAAAUUGUCUGCAAUACUUGCAGCGAAUGUUGCGAACCUUGCUUGUUUUGUCACAUUAACAUUUAGAUUCAAGACAUAAUUCAAGCUUUUUGUGUAUUUUAUUCUUAUACAUUAUAUAUGAUUAGAUUACCAUGAUUAUGGGACACAGUAAGCAUGAACUUAGCACAAAAAAACAUGUUGUACUCUGUAAAAAAAUUGUCAUAUAUCACUCCUACCUCCCCAUGAUGGCCACCUCUCCACAACGUCCACUUCUUUCUGUCCCCAAAGUGGCCAUUGUGGAGAGGUUUGACUGUAUAUUCCAACUUUGGGGAAAAGGGGAGAGUCUAAUUCUACAAACUUAGAAGCAUAACUGAAACCCUAAAGCUUAUAAAUCAGUUCCAAUGCAGGGUUUUUUUUAAAACCAAUCAAAAUUUAAUUUAAUAUAGAAUAGCUGAUGUGCAAGACUGUUAGUUGUAAACAAAGUGGUAUUAUAGUGUCAGAAAGUAAAAUUCGACCAAAAUAAUAGUAAUGAAUAACAAUAAUAAUAAAACUUUAAUAAUAACAUCCCCAACGGGCUUUUCCGAAACUAUUUGCAAUGUGAAUAAACUUAAUAAAAGGGUAAGAGAGUAACAUCCUAGGCCAGAGUUAAGAUCAAAUAAGUUAAGCUUAGCCCAGUUUAAGAGACUUCUUAGGGAUUACUAUGCCUCCACCCUAUAGACUUGCUGUACUGUAGAGGACCCCAGAACAUGGAAAACAAUUUGCCUAAAAUGUAAUUAUGCUCGCACUUUAAUUAACCACGUCACCUGCUGCUUUUAGCCUUUUCCAUCUAGCCUUUCUUUUUCCCAUCCUAAUGUUGCUUUUAUUUUUGAUUUUUUGUCAAUUCGGGCCCACAGUAAUUGGUUUAUCUGUUGUGGUGACCCUGCCAUGUGUAUGUAUGUUAUUUAUUAUUAUUAUUUAUUUAUUUUUGGCGAAGCUUAACAAAAUAAAAUAAAAAAUAAAGCUUGAUUGUAAAGUUGUGUUCAAAGAAACUAAUUAUUGUUUAUAAUAAUCAUUAAAAUUAGAAUCCCCAAGAAGGAGAGAAGCUAAGUCUCAUAGUUUUACCAUACUUACUUGUGUCACAAGUCCACCUUUCACAGCCAGCAAAUUACUCUUUUAAAAAAAGUUCAGUGGAACCUCCAUUCAGGGGCUGAUUUCGGGACCAAGAUAAGUGUCCCCUGAAUAGAGGUUGGGCUGGGGUUUGUUAAUAAUUAUUAACCAACAAAUAUUAAAGUUUUAUUUCAUUUUGCCUUGGAAUCUGCUACAGUCAUUAUUUCAAGCAGCUAGAUAAUGUGUAAAAAAUCAUGAUUGACAUAUCUCAGCGAUGUUGUGUGUUGAAUUCCCACGAGUGCAGUACACUGCUUUAAGAGGUAGUUCAUGUUUUGAAAGCUGUUGCCAUUGUGUUUUGUGAAUGCUUAAAAUUAUUUUUGUGUUCAGCAGCGGCGGAUCCAGACCUUUGGAUAAGGUGAUGGCCUGGUCUCAAAAAAAAAUUUUCACCUCUUCGGGCCUCACUUUGGUCUAAAAAUAAAGGGUGGGGCCCCGGCCCCCUGGGCCCCUCCCCUGGAUACGCCACUGUUAAGUCAUGUUUUCAGUGCUAAAGUGUCCCUUGAAUGGACUUAGGAGGUUAAACCUGGCUCUUGGGACCCAGUGAAAGUGACCCUUCCCCGGAAUAGAGGUGUCCCUUCAAUAGAGGUAACAGAUACGAAGAUUAUGGGAACAUUUUCCGGGAUCAAAGAUUGAAGGUGUCCCUUCAAUAGAGGUGUCCCAUUGUAUCCCUCAACUUAUGCAUGGGUUGCAAGCUCUAGAUAGCCAAUCAGCAUUUAUAUAAAUCCUUGAUGUGAAGUCAAACAUUAUUAUUAACCAGUUUCCAGAGUUCUUUAGCCAAGAGGUUUAAGCCAUUAAGUGAAGACAAAUUUGUGGACAUAUUUUGACUUAGUACCAGUGUUGUUUAACUGUCAUAGCAAUGACAUGUCUUCAAGACUGAAAUUAUUGGUUGCUUUUCUUAACAGGGUGACAGUAUCAUCAGAUAUUAUGAAUUAGUGUCAGAAUCUCCACAUUGCCAUUGGCUAACGAACUACAGUGCCAGCGUACCCCAGCGAGGAGUGUGCUUCAUGCCAAAACGUGGCUGCGAUGUCACUAUCAAUGAAGUAGCAAAGUGUUUUAAACUUGUAGCUAAAGGAUACUGUGAACCAAUCAGCUUUACAGUCCCAAGAAAGGUAUUUUUACUUGUAAUUUAAAUAAUAAUAAUCAUUUUAAUUCAUGGGUGCCCAGAAGUCAUGUCAGAAAAAGAUUAACCAAUUUAUGCUCUUGACAUCCAAGAUGACUUCCGUACAGGUUGCUGAAAUGUUGGUAUGGUAUGUCAACUUCAGUCCUAUUCAGGACUUAAACUCUCACCUUUAUAAUUAUAAUUCCACCUUCUUUCAAAUACAGCAAAAGAAAACAUAGCUUAUCAUAUAGUGCUCUUCCUUGUGAUACUAGCAAAGAAAAGAUAAAACAUUUGACCGACUAUACUACCAAACGUGUUCACUCGAGUAAUUCACCAUGGAUUACCCCUCAGUUAAAAAAACGCGUACACGAAAGAGGCAUUUUCAAGGUAAAAGCGAUUCGUUCGGGAAAUGUUGAUGACUGGCGUAAAUUCAAGAAAUGCGUAAUUCUACAAAUAGUGAAGUUAAGUUUCCUAAAAAGGUUUAUUUUGACAAUGCGUUUAAAGAGAAUCGAGGAGACCUGCGUAACUCUCGGCGAAUCAUAAACGAACUUACAUCCAGAAAAUCGAAGAGUUCCUUUGUGAAAGAAAUUAAACUCAAUAAUGGCAAUUCCAUUCAUGAUCCACUUGAAUUAUCCGAUUCCUUUAACGAUCACUUUUGUAAUAUUGGCCCCAGGCUAGCAAAUGAGAUUCACGUGGACGAAAACGGUCCUUCGCAUGUGGAUUAUCUGUGCGAGACUUAAAAAUGCAGAUUCGAACUGAAAACGUCCACUUUAUCCAAUGUCAAAUCCACCGAAAAACCAUUACAAAAUAACAUUGGAAGAGAGAAAGACAGGUAUCAGAGCAGUGUGACCCAAGUUGAGUGCCCUCCCCUAAGCCAACAUUAACACUUGCUUCUCACUUAGGGCAAAAUGUUGGCUUAGGGGAGGGGUAGGUACGCAGUUUCGCAGAAACGUAUAAAGAUCCAUUUGAUCAUUCACGAUAACUAGAAGUAGGUGUCUCCCAGUACCUCAAGAAGUUUGUGGGAAAGGGCCAACAGUAGGAAAUAAUGGGGAAAGAGAUAAAGCCAAGGUGGAAAGCCAUCUCAGAAACUGGCUAUGUGGUGUGCGGAUAGACUUUCUAAAAGUCCUUUUUUUUCCUGGUUAGUUAUCGUCGCUCGCUCGGUCGCUGCGCGACCUCAUGCAUUGAUUCUCGCUUCACUCAUUUUUAAGAACUUAUGAGAGGUCAAGUUUAGUGUGCGGAGGGGUCAAUUAGUUUCUGUGUACGUAGCACACAUAACCAUUAUGUAACGCAGGAGGCCGUUUUGAAUUUAUUUCUCACUUAAUUAGUUUCUGCGUACCGCAUAGUCAGCUAUGAGGAGUAUUUUAAGAAAUAAAGCAAUCUUUAAUGAGGAAAAGUGGUUGAUAGUUAGGUCCUCAAAAGAAAACUCUGUAAAGACUAAAAACUAGUUUAAAAAAAAUGUAAGACUAUGAAAAAAUUAAAAAACGAAAUGAAAAUAAAAUAGAAAAUAAAUUUUUACUUAUAGAUAUAUUUGAUUGAGAACAUAUAAGUGUCUUAGCGGUUCCAAAUAUUUCGACGAAAAGUAACUGACGACUACUGACCCUGGCGUCUUGUGGUAAUGGAUUUGCGAAUGUCAUUUCUUGAUCGUGUAUAAUAAUCGUGAAAAGACGCAGUGUAUUCUGCAGUUAAACGUUUUGGUUCAGUUAUCUUUUACCUGCAUUGUCGCCUUUUACAUACAGAUCUGAUUGUCAAGGCCUCCCAUAUUAGCUGUGAUCACACACAGACUUUUUACCCUAGGUAAACUCGACUUGUUGACAGUUUGCGUAGGGAAACUUAGCCUGGGAAGGGAAUUAGGGCGCGAGACCGCGCGAGGGAGGAGGGAGGAGGGGAACGCCUGCAAGCAAGCCAUUGUUUUCGCCAUCUAGCCUACUAAUUAAAAAAAUAACAAAAAUAACGCAACUGUGAAUGACUAGCUGUCAAAUAAGUUUGGCCACGAUACACGUAUUCUAGUCGUAUUUAUCGCAAUGGUUUUCUUUUGUUUUCCUAAAGCAAGAAAUCUAAAGUGAAGGUACUAUAAAAAAAGUUCAAACGCGCGCGUCCAUUGAAGGAAUCUUCCUUGAAAGUUGUAACGACGCGUGCCGAGUGACAUAAAAUCCAGUAUAAAUCUAUUCAAGUUGUUGCUGUCGCUCGCCUUAAUUCCCCCUUCCCCUUUUAACUCCUGCCACGCAGGCUAAGGGAAACUUGAUGUGACCGAUUUUUCCCUAGGUAACUUACCUCGGGGAAAUUUUAUCGUUAAAGGCUUGGAUAUGUCUCGAGAACAGUAGACUUUCACUUGACCGCUUCCCCCAAGCUAUAGCUUAGGAGAAAAGAAGUACCGAGGUUGCUAGUCAAUAGACGUUCAUCGGCGAAGGUCUUGAUGACAGAACUGGACAUAGCUCAAGAAAUAACAGCGAGAUAAAAGAAAAAUACGUCUCUUUGAUCGGCUAGAUCCCUGCGCAUCUUGCCUCCUCGAAUUUACGCUCCAAAAAGUUCAACUGUGCGUGAAAACCGUAAGAGCCGAUAUCAGUAGUGUAGACUACGAGUAGUCCCGAUUGUUCCUCAGGGAUAGAACAGCGAGCGAAACGCGAGCGCUCGUAAAAAUCACCCCACGCGAGAAAGGCGAGACGCGGUGGGGAGAUUUUUCGCGUGGGGUGAUUUUCACGCGCGCUCGCGUUUCGCUCGCUGUGCUAUCCCUGUGGAAAAAUGGGGACUACUCGUAGUCUAUCAGUAGUGUGACCUUCCCAGAAUUUUUUGCGUAGGUAAAACAAAACCCGAGCUGAAUUUACCUCGGGAGAUUUUUGAUGAAUUUGACCUAGGUAAAUCGGUUUAAGCUAGGUAAAAGUCCGUAGUGUGAGCACAGUUAUUGUUCUCUUUUACAGUCUGAACUUUUCCAAGAAGAUCUCUUUCCUGAUGCAAAAGGAGAUGAACCUUCCCUCACUGCUGAUGAGUGGCUUGAGGGAAAAGAUGCAGAUCCCAAACUGAUCUCACUUAGACCGGAAGGUUCUGGAGGAGCUAAGACUGCAAAGAAGGUGAAAAAGGGACUUGGGGCACUUGGCAAAAAAGCACCAAAGAAAACAGCACAGGCUGCUGAUGAAGAGGUAAGUGAUGGCUGUUAUUAAGGCCUUGUCCUGGCUCAGAUGAGAACAUCACCGACCCUAAGUUAAGGUGGACGGCGACAUAGAGGGCGGUGACUUUGGCCCCAGCGGCUUGGGGAGGGAGGGACGACGUUGACUUGGCGACAGAAACAAACUUAAAGUUUCCGUAGAGGUGACGGUCGAAGACGUUUUUCCAACUUUAUUGAAGGUUCGAGAGAAUGAGUUCCCUGAAAGAGAUACGAGAGAUUUUGGUCUACUUUUAUAUGAUGGUGUCAUAUCAGAUGAGGAAUUCGUUCUCUUGUACAAUGAAAUCUAGUUAAGCGCUUUGUUACUCGAAAGAGAAUGUCCGUCGCUUCAUUGAGCCUAUUUGCUAUCUACCUAUUGGCACAUUUUCCCACGCUCCACAGUUCUUAGGCUAACAACGGCUGGUAAUCGAGCUUGCACAGUUCUGGGCUUGAAGCGGUAGGGUUCAAUUACAAGAAUUUCUUUAGCAAGCUGAAUAUCGUGAACUUUAGUCCACUCCACAUUCUUAAAAUAAGAACAAAUUAACACGAUGGACAAUGCGCGCUAUAAACAAGACGAGUUCCUUCAUCCUGAUUUAUCAAGGGGUUUAUUUUGUCGAAUGAAUGAACCUAUGAACACGUAAUUUCAUUUUGGCCUAUAACUUAAGCAGAAUAAAGAAAAGGGUAGAAGAAGAUGUUCACAUGAUGCGAGAAUAUUAAAUGUGAUAAUUUUAUCGCUGAGAAUUCUGAUCCCGCAGUUGUACCAUUUUGACAAGUUCCACCAUAAAAUAGUGUUACAAUAAGUAAUUGAGAAAGGUUUACCAUUUGAAGUAAACUAAACAUUACAGAAACAGAUUAAAGCGGUAUUCUGUUAAAAUAAAGUUAUUUUGAAGACAAAAACACGAAGAGAAAACUCACGUUCUCAAGACACCGCCGCACUAAGCUUUCUCACUGUCGCGACGUCCAGUCGACGUAGGCUGGACGGCUGAGAUAUAUGCAGGCAACGUUUAUUUCCGGUUGCCGUCCUCCACCUUACCGUCCACCCUAACGUAAGGUCCGUACCAUUAGCCUAGGACGGUUGUUAUUCUUUGACUCUUUCUCCUCUGCCCAUCCUUGUCAAUUCAAAAAGGACAGAACUACUCUGUUGUUUGAAAGGCAAUGAGACGGCUUUGGUGGUGCAGUGUACCUUGUGCCCUGAGUGAGGGAAAUGGGGCUAGAUGUUAGUUGGGGUGAAUGUCCUUUCUCAUCUCGCUGUGUUGAAUUUCACUGUAGUCUGUGGUACUAAUAGCAGAUGCAAAGCGUGGACUUUUGUCCCAAGGGAUGAGUUUGGCCAUGUCUUUGCCAUUGCAUUCUUCUUUUAGACAAGAAACUUUGCUUAUUAUUGUCUCCUCUUCUCAGAUGUAUAAUGAAAACUGGUGACACACUCAGUGCAGGGAGGAAACCCUAUAAUGGACUAAAUUCCCAUCCAGGGAUUAAUACCGAUCUCUUAUCUGUUUUCAAUGGACAAGAGGCUCUUGUAGUCUAUAUACCCAACUUAAGCACUUGUGAAAAGCGUGAAAAAUUAGGCUUCCACGGAGCCCAAACCCUGAUCCUGUGAUAUUGGUGUAGUGGUUUCGCAGAGUCAUUUCUGGCUUUAUUCCAAAGCUUGAAAUUGAUAUAUUUUCAUACAGAGUUUACUCUCUAUAAGACGGACACGAUUCAGUGGGACUGCCUGUUUUGUAUGGCAAGAAAAGAUUGUGUCAAGGCCAUAUAAUAUCCCGUUUUUAUGGACCCCAACCUUGUCUCUGUCCCUGAAACGCAAAGAAAGAACAUGGCCAAUAAAGAGAUAAAGAUUCAAGUUUACCGCAAACGGCAAACGUCAGACUAAAGUUGAGAAUCUCUCAGAAUAGAAAAUAAGGAGAUAAAAACAGCCCCGAACGAUUCCUAUGGUUAAAACUGGCAUAAAACUUCUUAUUUUUGUGUAGAAGCAAUAAAGAAUAAACGGAAAAUAAGGGGAAAGCUUGGUCACGUGGUACAAAUUCACGUCUGCCGUUUGGCGUAAACGUGAAUCUUAAUCUCUCUAAUAUAUGGUCAUUAUGACUUCUAGACUGCAAAUCAGCACGUAUUUUUUUGUAGGUUAAGAACGCGCGCGCGAGUUUUCAAAGGAAAGGUCUGGAAUGAGGGUGAAAACAGUGAGGGAGGGAAUAUCAAGCCGGCGCUUCACGCCUUGCAAAACCGAUUUUGAGCAAAAAACCGAAAUCGACUGUUUUGAAGUCUACUUGACUUCACGCUUGGUCGAUAACUUACCGUUACUUAGUUAUACAGGCUAGUUUCAGGGCAGUGUCUGUUUUGAGAGUGUUCAUUGUACAGUCGAACCUCCCGUAAGCGACCAACUAAAAUGCGAAGACUUAAUGCUCGCUUACGGGAGAGUGUUCGCUCGGAGGACUUUUUAGUUCUUGUUCAAUAUCCUUCACUGACAACGCAAUCGUAAGAAAUUUCUGUCUUACGAAAUUUCACUCUUUGAAGCUUUCAAAGAUUUGCCGCCAACCUGAAGGGAAUUUGCAUAUUAUCACCUUUGAUUAUAGAACCGCACUCGACCUGUAGUCAAGCAAAUCAUUCUGAUUACAGGGUAACUAAGCCAAUAAACUAAACGGUACUGCUUUUUUUUACUUCUUCUAAGCCAAGAAAGUUGAUCUAAAUCUUGCGAACGUAGAAGCUGAGGACUCGUAGCCCUUAUUAUAGCACUAAAGAACCUACACUGAUCAUGGAGUUGAGACCACUCGUCAAGUAUAAUGGUCGCUUGCAAGAGGUUGAAAGCGGUUGGGAAAUUAUUAGACCGUCAGUCCCGAAAAGUGGUCGCGGUCGCUUAGAGAAGCUGGUCAUUUACGAGAAGUUCCAUCUGUAAGGCCUCGACUGGGAAAUUUUUGGUGCUUGGAUAGGUGGUCGCUUACCACACGGAGGCUCAACUGUACUAAGAGGGUUUCUGAUGCAGUCAUUUUUCUUUAUUUUUUCCAUAUUUCUAUAGGAUCUAGAGGAAUUGGUGAAGAAGCUAAAAUUGCAAGUGGACGAACAGGAAAAGCGAAUCAAAGCCCUGGAAGAGAAAACGCAGAAUUUAUAAGUGUACUUGCAAAGGAAACGAAAAGUGAUAAAAAAUAGGUUCAACUUGCUAAUGUUGCAUAUCAGUUCAGUUUGAAAUUAACUUAAAGUUCUAAGCAACUCUUAAGCGUUAGCUGGUUAGCUUGCAAAAUUGUAUUUUUCGACCGAUUAUUUGUAUUAAAAAUUGUUAAGGAUUUCAGUGGUGAAAGUAUUUUGAGAAUUAUUUCAAGUUCGCUGACUUGCAAAAUUUCUACUGGUAUUAGUCCUUGUUUUUCGAUUAUAAAUGAUCUCGGCUGAUUUCUCCUUUUAUUGACCUCAUGAUCAGUGAUACGAUUUUUAAAUGAUUUGAAGAUUCUUAUAGAUAGGUGGAAACUUUUUUUCCUUUUACACAUUAAAGCCAUUGGAUUAUAACUGUUUUGUCAGCAUUUUCAAACAGUGAAUAGCAUCAAUGUCGUCUUAUCACUGGUCUGUAGGCCAAUUUACAGUUAUGGAUGGAAGCGAGGUUCCAGUUGACUUUGUUUUAAUACAAACCUUCCUGCUUUAUUAUAGCCUGCGUAGCAAGCGUUUCCAAUCGAGUUAUUGCGCGAAAUUUUUUUUGCUCUUGUCCCAGCUUUCUAGACGAACCUCGCGAGGAAACGCUUGCUACGCAGGCUAGCUUUAUUAUGAAAAUCAAGUUGCCCUUAUGCUAACUAGUGUUUUUCAAGGACAAUUUCCAUGACAAAGCAAAGGAGGUU